AUGUGGGUGUACAAUCCAAGAGAGGAGAUUGAGUUUGAGAAGGGCCAAUUAUUCACCAAUGUGGAUUCCUUUAGAGCAGCUUUGAAGGAUUAUGUCAUCCAAAAGGGAUUUUCAGUAGUAAGAUUGAAGAAUGAGAAAACUAGAGUGACAGCUAUUUGUGGUAUAGAUGGUUGCAAAUGGAGAAUUCAUGCAAGUCCUGUGGCUGAUUCUAUCACUUUUAUGAUUAAAUCUUACCAACCUGAACAUACUUGUGUGAUGGAUAAAAGUAAUGUAGAAGCCACUUCAGAUUGGAUUGCAAAGAAGUUGGUGCCUUUGAUGAGAGACCAUCCUAACAUAUCUAGCCAGGGCAUAGAAGCAGAGAUGAUAACUAAGUAUGGUAUUAAACCAAGUUACAUGCAGCUUUUUAGAGCAAAAAAGAAAGCAGAAGAGGAGAUUCAAGGAAACUUCAGUGAUUCUUAUGGCAAAUUACCAAAGUAUGUAGCACUUCUAAGACAAUAUAAUCUACAAAGCAUUUGCAAAAUACAUUAUGAUAGGCCAAAUCUCCUUGUAGAACCCAGAUUUUUAAGAAUAUUUAUUAGUUUUAGAGCACAGAAAACUGGUUUUCUUGAAGGUUGCAGGCCAUUCAUUGGCUUUGAUGGCUGUCACUUGAAGGGUCCCUUUGGUGGUGUUUUACUCACAGCAGUGGCCUUAGAUGGGAAUGAUAGUAUAUUUCCAAUUGCAUUUGCUGUAGCUGAAUGUGAAAACAAGGAAACAUGGAGCUGGUUCUUUCACUUUUUUGAGGAGUUUUUUGGACCAUUCAACAGCUACUUACCUUUAGCCUUUAUGAGUGAUAGGCAAAAGGGGCUCAACCUUGCUUAUGAGGAGAUUUUUCUAAAUGCUAGUGGUAGAUAUUGUUGCAGGCAUAUUUGCAGCAAUUUCAAGCAGCAAUUUCCAGGCAUGUUACUUAAUAGUUUCUUGUGGAAGGCAGCAAAGAGUUAUGAUCAGAUAAGUCACAAUGAAGCAAUGUCAACCAUUAAAGACAUCAACAUACAAGCUUGGAAAUAUUUGGAUAAAAUUCCCAAGAAGGCGUGGGAAAAGUUGGAAGAUUACUGCGAUCUGUGGUUCUCCAAAGACAUUUACUUGAAGGCAUAUGCUUCUAUGAUUCACCCUAUACCUCAUGAAAAGAGGUGGCCGCCUAUGGAUGAAGUUACCCCUAAGGUUGUACUGGCCCCUCCUUUGAGAAGGGCUCUUGGUAGGCCAAGAGUUAACAGAAGAAGAGAAGCUGAUGAAGGACCUUCAUCUUAG